UAACCCUAAAUAUUGCGCGAAGUUUUUGCGCUCACCCACGGCAUUCAUCUUUGUUGACACCAUCCAACAAACACCCAUCAAUCGACCACGAUGAUGAUGAACAUGAGGAAAGUUACGAUAAUACCAUCGGUGCUCGCGAGAGCAGUGAAAGCAAGAUGCCUUGCUGGUACACAACAACAACAACGACUGUUCUUGAGCAGCAUGGACACGGAUCGUUGGAAGACGGAAGACUGGGAAGACUUUACCAAGAGGGGCAAGUAUAGUAUCCAAACAUACAAUAAGAUCUCGACCAAGGGCUUGGCGAAAUUCCCGCAAGAAAUGUACGAUGUGUCUCCUGCCGAAUUUGCAUCCGGACCAGCACAAGCUCUACUGAUACGGUCACACAAGCUGAAAGAGGACGAAGUAGACGUGUCUGUGAGGGCGAUUGCUCGAUGUGGCGCGGGAACAAAUAACAUUCCAGUAGCUCGAAUGACAGAAUUUGGAAUACCAGUCUUCAAUACUCCAGGAGCCAACGCCAAUGCUGUCAAGGAGCUCAUUCUUUGCGGACUCUUUCUUGGUAGCCGAAGAAUCACCGAUGGAAUCAACCACAUGAGAGACUUGGGAGAACAAGGAGUGGCAAGAGAGCGUGUAGAAAAGGAUAAAGCCAUGUUUGGAGGACGAGAAAUCAAAGGAAAAACCAUGGCCGUGAUUGGAUUGGGACAUAUUGGUGCACUGACAGCGAGAGACGCUGCCGGGCUUGGAAUGGUCGUCAAAGGGUACGAUCCCGGCCUUUCCGUUCAGUCCGCACUGUUCUUGCCACAGGGACUAGAAUUGAUGGACUCCAUCACCUCGGCCAUUGCCGAUGCGGAUUACGUAUCACUCAACAUUCCCUACAUCAAAGGAGACGGUGGAACUCACGGAAUCAUUGGAGCGGAUGUCGUACGGCAUCUCAAACCGGGUGCCGUCGUAUUGAACUUUGCAAGAGGAGAACUAGUAGACUCCCAAGCCAUGAAGGACCACUUGGAUAAUUCCGAUGGACGAUACGUGUCUGACUUUCCGGACGAUGAACUGUGGGAUCACAAGAACGCAAUCAUCAUCCCGCAUUUGGGGGCGUCAACGUCGGAAGCCGAAGAUCAAGCCGCUGCCAUGGCUGCCGAGACCAUUCGAGACUUUAUCGAGCAUGGAACAAUUCGAAACUCGGUCAACUUCCCCACCACCGAGCUCGCAGAGAGACGUGACCAUGCCAUGCGUGUCACUGUGGUCAAUAAAAACGUUCCAGGAAUGGUAUCCAAAAUUGCAACAGCGUUUGCCAAUGCGGGCAUCAACAUUCUACAACAAAUCAACAAAUCACGAGGAGAUAUUGCCUACAAUGUGCUCGACUUUGAUCCUGCAUCUGUCAGUGACUUGAAAGUCGACCUGAGAGAUCUGCAAAAGGAGUUGACCUUGUUGGAUGGUGUCCUCAGCAGUCGCGUUCUGUUUGGUAUCCCUGGUGCUGGAUAUGCGCGGAACAUUGAUGGCAAGUACCAUGUGUAGGUAGUGUUACAAGGAAUGAAUGAAUCAAAAAUAAUAUUAUAAACUACUGUAGUCAAGGUGUG